AUGGGUUCCUCUUCUAGUAGACUUGCCUCUCGCCCCUCUUCUUCUUCUUCUUCUUCUUCUUCUUCUACUCACAGGGUCAACCGCUUCAGAUUAUCGUCUCUUCUAUGUGGCACCUCCACCUCUCGCUCCAUUCAUCAGAUGGAAGAACAUUCAUCUGAACUUCGGGUUGGUUUAGCAAGAGAUUUUGAUGGUGAAAUUCAGAAAGUCAAUGAGGAAUCAUCUUUAUCAUGUAUAGAAUCUAGAAUAAGCUGCAGUCCCCCUGCUGAAACUUCAAACUCAUCUGAUAUGAGAACCCAGUUCCAUGGCAAUACUAGUGCUGGAUGUUCUUAUAGAAACUUUGCAACAAAUAGUCAGUGGAACUUCUUGUCUGAACAUGAGGAGCAAGCCCCUCCUUAUCGGGUAAGUGCUGGUCAUAGUGAUCAUGAAUCAUAUAGUGAUAGUAGCAACACAGCUAGUACUUCAUUUGUAGCACAGCAGUCUUCAGAUCCAGUCUCUGUAAAUGUUUCUGCUAACAAGGAUGUAAUCAAUGAUGUUAAUAAUCCAGUGGUUAGUGGUGUCUCUCAAGUCUCUCAUGAGACAGUGCAUCCAAGAAGUUCAACCCCUCAGGAGCAUGUGAAUUUCAGUUCUGGGGAAAUUUCUCUUGAGAAUCACACUAGUGCAUUCAUAUCUAUCCAGAAUUCUUCCAACCCUAUUACUCAAGGUUCCAACUCAGCAGCAACUUCUCAAGGGCCAGAAGAAGAACCUUGUCGUGAGACAAUACCUUCAGGUUUAGGUAUUCUUGUGUCCAAUCGGGAAAGAGGACCGGGAAAUGAUAGUGUGCUUCAAGUUGACGUGGUCACAAUAUCUUCCAACAUUUUGUCUGGAACCAAUGAUGAUGCCAAUGAUCAUGAUGCCAGAAGGAAUGGUAGAAGAUUAUUUUGGGAUGCUUUUUCAAGACGUAGUUCUAGAAGGCUUGGUGAUUCUCCAACAAUUGUCUUCUCUACCGGAGGUGCUGAUGAUCUUGGAUCUCAAGAUCGAUGGCUAGUUGAUUUUGGUGGUGAUUUGUCAAAUGAUGGGAUUGGAGGUGCUUCUGCAUACAUGGGCAGUAGAAUUCACAGAUUGAACGAACGAAGAAUGCGGCACUCUAGAUCUGAGAUCUGGGAUAGGCUUCGAGGUGGCUUUGAUGAGAUUGGUCGAUGGAAUUCAUGUCCACUAGGACUCCAUGCAGAUGGCAUGUGCUCAUGCGAGUCUUCCCCUAUGGCUGAGGAAUCUAGCACUCGAGCAAGUAUUUCAAGAAUAGUCAUGCUGGCUGAAGCUUUGUUUGAGGUUUUAGAUGAAAUCCAUAGGCAACCUGGAUCACUGUCUCUAUCCAUGGUCUCACUCCCUGCCCCUGAAUCAAUUGUUGAUUCCUUCCCCCUGAAAUCUCACAAAAAGGUUGAUGUGGCUGAUGGAGGCAAUGAUGCUGAACAAUGUUACAUAUGUCUGGCGGAGUACGAAGAGGGGGACCAAAUACGAGUUCUUCCUUGCUUCCAUGAGUAUCACAUGUCAUGUGUGGACAAGUGGCUCAAAGAAAUACACGGUGUAUGUCCUCUGUGUCGUGGCAAUGUCUGUGGAGGGUUCACAGAGUCUUCUUCCAACUCAGAAGUGCAGUCUCAUUGA